CACCGUUAUUCCAAGAAAUCGGUUCGUCGUUUUCCACGCGCUCACUAUUGUGUGCCUUGCUCGCAGCGUCAAUCUCGCGGAAUCACUGUUGCAACGAACAGCGGAAAGGUUGUGCAAUUAUUUGUGCUGUAUCGGUUGUUCGUUGUGCGAAACGCCGUCCAGGCGAACCCAAUAAUGAUCUGAGAUUUAAUCAUGCGUUUGAGGUUCGAACCACGGUACCAACCCAGUGCAGCAUCCCACCUGAACCGUGCAUCGGAGUGAUUGAAUGUGUUUUUCCAGCCAAUCGAAGCAAGCCAUAAAAUGCGUCUUUCCGCUCGCAUCAAGUGUUUCAAGUAUUUAGUGUACGCGUAUGUGAUUUUAAUAUCGAUAUGUGGUGGCGCACAGCUAGUAAUCGGAGCAUUCCUAUUAUGGACCCAUAAGCAGUACGCACCGAUCGUGAAGAAUCAGUUCUGGGAACCGUUUGCCGUACUGAUCGCGCUUGGUGUAGUAUCUCAGGCACUCUGCUACCUUGGAUGGACAUCAGCGAGCCGGAAGCAUCGGUGUUAUUUAGGAUUGUUCUGUGCAUUUUUAGUGUUCUUCAUUGUGAUUUUAUUCUUAGUAAGCGGGUGGGCAGUGGCCACCAAGGCGCAUCUCAUCGUACCGGCCGAACUGGCCAUCGAGACGAGCUUUAGCGAGUUUCUGGCAAAAGACAACACCAACGAUCAGACGCACAUCUGGAACCGAUUGCAGCGAGAUUUCCGUUGCUGCGGUUAUAAUGGAAUCCAUGACUACAAAAAGAACAAACAGAUGGGUUUCCCAUGGUCGUGCUACGAUCCGAUCGACACGAAAGUCUUCAACACCGGCUGCAUGCACGUGUUCGUGAAGAGCAUCGAGAUGAACAUGAUUCGUGUCGCUGUGAUUGCGGUUGCCUCCGCACUAGUACAGAGUCUUGGCAUAUUCUGUGUCAUCCAGCUGACGAUGCUGCUCCGAAGACCGACCAUAUUGCUACCGAACGGGGACAAUCAUUCGGUGCGAGUGAAGCGAACGCGCGAGUUGACUCCUCUUUCGCCGGCCACCAUCGGCAAUCCUACGCCACACAGCAGUACAAAGCCGCCGAUACCACUGAAACCCGUCGUGCCACGAGUGGAUCAACCGGUCAUGAAGUCUUCUCAUUGAAUUGCCACCGCCUAAUCAGCCCCACAGCCAGCAUACCGGCAAUCGUGCCCAUAAUCGUUAUUUUAUCGCUACCCACAGUUGGUGGCUUCUCCUUUUUAACGAAUCAAAAAUACGCAAAGUAAUGGCAUUUCGUUUAUUUUUUUUAAUCAUUCGUCCAUAGGCGUUAGGGUAAAUGUACUUAAAUUCCGCGCUUUUUAGACCUUUAGCCGUUAAGAUGCGUUUCCGGGAAUCAUCUUAGACUAACGGUUGAGCACAAGCAACGAUCGAAUAUAUAAUUAUAACUUACGGUAGAGAUUGUAAAAAUAGAACUAAACAUGAAUCAUUUCA